CAGUGAGUCUGCAGUGUUUGGCAAGCGAGCGCAGGCGAUGCAAUAGUAAUGAAGGGACUCGCAAAGCAGAGUAGGCACCGCGAUUUGGAUUGACUGAACGAUCGAUAUUCGGUGAGCAAUUGAAGCGAGGGAGCGAGGGUGCUCUGGCUGGUGUCGACAGACUCGGAGGGAUCGAAUGCAGUGUUCGAGGGUUAAGGGUCAUUCGAGUCCAUCAGUCGCCCGAUUCGACCAUUCAGCGGAGUCUUAAAAAAGAACCCAACCAUUAUUACUGCCACUGCAACUGCGGUGUACAGUACACUACCUACCUAACUAGUACUACGAAGAAACCACUGCAGCCCGCCCACUGCACGCCACCUCUACGCUCCUUGCUCCUUGAUCCUUCGUUCGCCGACGCCAUUCCCUUUCUGUCCGUCUUUGCAGUCCAUCUCUUCGUUCGCAGGAAAAUUGAAGUGUGCAUAGAUAAGUUGGGGCGUCGUCAGGUGCUGGUGAUACUAUGGGACAGGGCAUGGGCGAGACUCCCGACAGCGUCGGGAAACACGAGCACGACGAGAACAAGCAUGAUAGCAGCACCAGCAGCCCUAAACCAAACCGCCCUUCACGAAACCCCAGCAGAAAGCAACCCCAACGUCCCUCGAGACCAUCUCGGUGGUCAUUGCCUCUGCCCAUCAAGCGGGUUUUCGACCGGUUUCCCCUUGUCACCUACCCGGAAAACGAUCUCCCGCAAAGAGCUCCUCGGCAUCGCAACGAGAAUGUGUUGUACAUUUUCCAAACGACAGAGCCGCAGAGUCGAGAUGCACCAUCAUACAACCCAACCUGCUUGAAAUGGCAGGCCUUUCUGAAAUUCCACGGCAUCCCACUUCGAACUCGGCCGUCCAACAACCAUGCCUCUCCUACGGGUGCUUUACCCUUCUUAUUGCCAGCGUCCGAUGACCCUCAGAGACCAGCGUCACCCGUUUCUGCCAAUCGGUUAACGCGGUGGGUAGUAUCUCAAGGCGGAAAAGAGGAGGCUGUCCAUAAUGGACAAGACGUGUACACCGCGUUGAUUGACCACGACAUUCGAAGUGCGUGGUUAUACUAUUUGUAUCUCGACCAAGACAAUUUCCAAGCGGUUGCGUGGCCACUGUAUGUUUCUUCUGCCUCUACCUCGUACGCCGUACGGUCGAGCCUUGCACACCAGCUCCAAGCUGCAGCCAGGGAAGAACUGUUAAAGACAAAUACUGUGAUAGACGGGCGAGCUUUGUAUAGGCGGGCAGAGGAGGCAUUCCAGUCAUUGUCGACUUUAUUGGCCGACCAAAAGUUCUUUUUUGGCCAGACUACGCCGGGCCUCUUCGAUGCAAGCGUCUUUGCCUACACUCAGACCAUCCUUGAUGAUAAGCUUGAUUGGAAACAACCGGCCCUCAGACGCUCCCUGGAAAAACACGAGAAUCUUGUACGGCAUAGAGCUCGACUGAUGCGUGGAUUCUUUUCCGACUGAACAACCAUGGCUGGUGGAAGUGGUUGCCUGCACUCAAUGACGCUUCUGCAGGAUGCCCCCGAACCAUACAGUCACUCCUACCCAUUUUCGAGACCGGUCACCCAGUAUUGGCACCAUGGACACGUCCACAGCCCUUUCUUCGAUUGGUCUGACGAUCUCGAAGCCGUGUUUUGUGGCCGUCUCUUCCACUUCCGCCAAUGUAUGAGCGUAGCUCGUCGGACGGAUUUUCUUGCCUGUCUGGGGGUCAGUAAAUCCAGCCUGACUGAGCUUCCCCAUUUCCGAAUGCAUAUUCGUCCACAGCAAGAGACCACCCGGCUUGAGGAUUUCCGCGACAUGCUGAAAGAAGAUAUCGGUGGGAAUAUGUUCGAGCACCAGCGUUGAGACCACGGCGUCGGCAGCUUUUGCGGAUUCUGGUGGACCGGGUUGUCCCAGCAGAUCAAACACUUCCAAUGUCACAUUUUCAUCGAGUCCAGACUCUGCCACGAGCCGGUUGCGGGCGACCUGCAGCAUGCCUGGACUUACAUCGAGUCCUACGACCGCCGCUCUCUCGACCUGGAGUAAGGCCGCUGUAUUUCGCCCAGUGCCACAUCCCAAAUCCACCAAUUUCCAUGGCUGGGGAAGAUUCGAUGUCUCCAGUAGCGCGAGCAAACAAGGCAACAGUUUCUUCAUCUCCAGGGUAUCGAGGGCUUGGAGGAAAUUGCCGUCGGUGUCGUAGACUGCGGCCCACCGGUCGUACGCUUCGGCGGUGGACAGAUAUUGGAUAGAUGGAUCCAAGGAUGGGGGAAUUGCCAUUUUAUGUUCAGUCCGGCGUUUGUCGAAUGGUCUAGGAUAAGUGUAUCACUAUUGCAUAAUUGUACUGGUAGUAGUAAGGUAGGUAGAUUCUGGAAGGUAGAUGUUGUCUUUGGCGCAACCACUGGCAAUCUGCCACGAGUUGACGUCUGUAGAGGGGCCGCUUAAUUCAAGGACUCCGACUGUAUAACGACGACAGACAAUGAAAAGCUGUGGUGGCUCUUAACGGGUUGGAAGAAGGGAGGUUGAUGUGUGCUGGGGCUGCUCUUCAGGUUGUGAAUAAUUAUAUUUAUUCGCGAUACGAGGCUGCUAAUACUUAAGUUUCCAGUAGACUCAGACUGCUUUACCA